AUGUACAACACCCCUACAUGGGAAAAGUUUGUUUAUGGGUUGCGACAUAAGACGAAACGUAUUCCGCAUCUGCAGGUCUUUAUCCAGAGAUAUAUAUACGACGAGAAAGGCAUUGAGCUCUUGCAGAAAAACGGAUGUUUCUUGCUGGCGAUCGCAUUGAAGAAUUGCCAAUAUUAUCAUUCAUAUCAAGAGAUUCUUGCUGUUCUGAAUGCAAUAAUUUUGCGGAUUCAGAAGCUAGGUGUUCAGGUCACCAAACAUAUGCAUGCUCUGGCAAUGUACUAUGCCGCUCUGGCCUUUUCGGUCCCUGCGAUGAAGCCACACGUGGAAGUAUUUGCCGAUCGCACAGAAAGGCUUAGAGCAAGAUAUAGUUCUACUCUUGUCACCACCCUGACUUACGCUCUUCAUGCUCUUGAAUCCCCGGGCUUGCAGCAUGAUAUAGAGUCGAUGCGCUGCUUGAUCGGCCUUGCCAGCAAUACAGAAGAGUUAGAACCACAGAACUUACACUCGCGACUUGGCUGGGGCCAGAACCAUGCAACUAGUCGCCAGGAGGUUUACCUGCCAUUUUUAGCCGAGCUUCGUAUGGAUGUCCUUUUAGACUCCGUGUGGGAAACCGUCAAGGAAAGUGGGUUGUCUAAGAAGAAUUUGUGGCCUAUAUAUCUUUGCGUGGUUUACAUGGUAAAGACGGGGGAAAGCUCCAAGGCCUGUGUCUAUUUGAAAGAGCUUUCGGUCUUGUUCGAUGGUACUUUGCCGAAUAUCUCGAAGAUGAAGCAUCUACCUGUCCUCCUCGAAGAUCCAGAAAUCGGCGAAUCUCUGAUGCAACUUGCAGGGGAACAGGAGAGUCUUGGUAUACUCGAGGCACAACUUCAAAUCAUGGAGCAAAGACUUGGAAUACGCUGGGAGCCGGAAAAAUCGGUUCAUGUGGGGUUAUCUGAUACGAAUUGCAAUGCCACAAAGCAACCACUAUUCAACAUAUAUGGCGAAGCUCCUGCUGGAUAUGAUAGUUACGAACGCUUGGUUGCAGAAAUCAUGACGCUUGGAUGUUCAAAGUCUGUGGAGGACCUGAGAAAAAUCGCAGACCUCCUGGAUAACCAUGAUGGGAAACUAGUGCCAAUAUCAACUCCAGACCCGGAUUCGUGGUUUGCUUGGUCCCCUGAACGAUUGCCGAUGGAAUUCCCUGGCACGCCUCCCACCCUGCAGACCGAUGUAUCAAAGCCUUGCCCCGUUUCAUCUUUGGGACUUCUUCGGGUUCGACUCCUGGGUAAUCAGAUUAGUCCAGCACCUCAAUAUCCAGUCCGGAUAAUACAGCUCGGCCGUCUCUUUAUGCGGCCGCUGAAGUCGCGUCGGAGAAAUACAUGGACGCCAACAGACUACAUAGUUGGAUGGGAUCGAGUUCAUGCCCGUUUUCUUCUUGUCUCCGCUCGCAGGGGUGAAGAUUUGGAGCCGGAUGUACCAUGCGGGGCUAUUGUUCCACCGACGCCCUGUAUUAAUACAGAAUACUGGCAGGAUUGGUUUAUUAGCCCUCUCCAACAACCGCUGACGAAAAGCCAUUUUCAUGGAUCUGUGGAGGAGGAUCCUGGUUUGGACUUGAUAGAAUGA